AUGUCCUCUGAACGCACCCCUCUCCUCUCCAACCAACAUGCGACUGCACAAGCAGGACCCAGCCGUGCGCCUUCAAAAGCAUCAUCGCAAAUCACCUUGAACACCCAAGCGAACCAACUCAUCUCCCACCUCAAAUCUCCCUCCGCCAUAGCCUAUUCACCACUGAACACCGAAAUAGAUCUCGCAGUGCACCUGUAUGCUUUACAUCUACUUGAUCCGAAACGAUAUAUGAAUCAUGCAUCAAUCAGAGCGAGGAUAGCAGAUUCGGAGCUGGGUAGGAAGUUGAGGGAUGCGAUUAAUGAUAGGAUAGAAGACCUGUUGGAUCGUCAUUGUAACAUGAUUGAGAACGAGAAUGAACACGAUGACGAUGACGAUGAAGAUCUCCAAGUUGUAUUUUGGAAGAGGUGGAAGAUGAGGGAUGAAAGUCAUCAAUGGAUUAAUGCAAUUGAUCUGAUGUUACCUCCUUUCACAACCCAUCCUUCGCCCUUGUUAUCGCAUCCCCUCGUUCGUCAUACACUGGAUUUGGCUUGGACCAAAGGAAUAGUCCAGUUAGGUGGACAGGGACAUACGAAAUUCUCCAGGAUUAUGACGAAAGUAGUUGAGAUCGUUACUCCUUCGCGAUUACACUUCCUGCAUCUGGCGUCAUUCCUCGUUCUCUAUGGGUUGACGUUGAGUAUAGCUCUGUCACCUGCGAAUAGGAUCUCACCAUACGAACCAUCUUCACCUAACCCCUCACUAUUUGGCAAGGAAUUAUGGUGGGCGCUAUGGACCGCAUCUGACUUGGUACAUUCAUCUCAAUAUCGUACUACCCUUCUCCGCCGAAUCCUCUUACUACCUCUUCAUCUAUCUCUCAUCUUCGCUCUCUUCCCUUCUUAUUCCCAAAUAUCAUACACCCUCUUACUUUUCUCUAUUCCAACGACCACCUUCUCCCUCGUCUUCCCUAUCAAGCCAUCUUUACCACUCCUGUUUCCCAGCCUAUUACCUUUAUCCAUACUCCUCAAGCGGAUCAUCUAUCGAUCAUUCAAGACAGCUGGAUUACUCAUGCCUUUGGUACUUGGGCUUUUUGUAAUUUUCAGUUGGUCGAUGAAUGGAGAUAUAUUUAGGGGUUUUUAUCAAGCCGUUCAGUCGUCAAUAUACAUCAUCGAAACCAUGACCAAGCCAAUACCGAUCGAAGCCAGAAUAUCCAUAGCAGAACCAGUAGAAGAUGGAAUAUCCCCCUUCUCAGCGCGAUUGACGAUCUUCGUAACCCUCUCUCUCCUCUUCAUCUGCUCGUUGCUCUUAACUGCCUCAAGAGCGAUUAUGGUCCCAAAGGAAAGAUGGGAUGGGGAAGAUAAGAGACGCUGGAGAGGAGCUAUUAAAGAGGGUGAUAAUUGGGAGAAAGAAUAUAGAGUACAGGUGGCUAGAGAAGCUAGAGAAUGUUUCUGUGAGGGAGUGAGGGGAUAUAUGUGGCAAGGAAAUACGUUGCAUGAACUACGAGCUCGAUAUGGAACUGCAGAUGGAGCAGAAGAGGAUGGCGCUGCAAUUGAAAGUGGACGGACGAUCAAACGGUUCUCAUCCCGAUUUCAAGACUUAUACCCUGGAGCUAUCUCGCCUGUUUUACCUCCCCCUCUAAGUCUUGUUACAUUACCACUAGAUAUACUCCGCUUGGUACCUCUUGGCGAACUGUCCGACAAAGUAGAUCAAGCGAGGUAUACUAUUGGUCUGGUCGCAGCGGGUCUAUUCUGUUUACCAUCGUAUCUGUGUUCAAGCGUGCUAGGUGGUACGUAG